ACGUUGUCUGCAGUGAAGUGGCGAACAGCCACCACUUCACAUGUAGCACGUCGACACGUACCCCCUGCACUCUUUACUUAACUCCUCCACUCCGCUCCGAUAUCAUAAGAAACUCCAAACCCUAACCAGAUUCCAACAAUGGCGUCUUCGUCUUCCGAAGAAAUGAGUAAGAAAAAGAUGAAACUGUCUGUCGGCUGUUGGCUGAGAGAGCGAAGAGUUCGAGAUAUUGUGCGCGAGAAGCGCCGCCUCGUUGAGGUGCCAUACAACGCCACACUGUCCUCCACCGUCAAUGCCCUGCUCGCUAACAAUGUCGUGGCCGUGCCCGUUGCUGCGCCUCCCGGGCGGUACAUUGGCGCCGGUGGCUCGAUGAUUCUGGAAUCUGAUCCGGCGACCGGCGCCGUCAGGAAGCAGUACAUAGGCAUCAUCACAAUGCUAGACGUCCUAGUCCACAUCGCAGGCGACGAGCCUUUAGGAGCUGACUGUGAGGUUGAUUUGGAUAGGACGAUGGCAUCGCCGGUGUCUUCUGUUAUUGGACACUCUCUCGAGGGGCUUACGCUGUGGAGUCUCAAUCCUAACACAAGCAUCCUAGAUUGCAUGGAAACAUUCAGCAAAGGAGUGCACUGGGCGCUGGUUCCAGUAGAGAGCCAAGCAGACGAUGAAAUUGCAGUGGAGCUGGUCAAGGCUUCACCUGGCUAUAGAAUGCUUACACAAAUGGAUUUCUUGAGUUUUCUGCAAGCAAAUAUGAAUGAAUUGAAGGACAUUACGAUACACAGUGUUGGAGAAUUGGAGGUAGUCAAUGAGAAUGUUUUUGCAAUAACCAAAAAUACAAAGGUCAUAGAUGCUAUCAGAUCAAUGAGGAGUUAUUCCCUAGGUACUAUUCCUGUUAUUUCUGCUGAUGCUAGCGAUGAUUCAGGGGAGGAAACAAUACUUCAAGAUGGGAGAGGAAGGAGUCUCAUUGACGCAUUCUCAGUAAUAGAUCUACAAUCGUGCUCUAUUGCUCAGCUCCAGUCCAUGCUAAAUGCCACUGUUAUGGAAUUCAAAGAACGAGUUUCGGAAAUCACAGCUUCAACUGCAGGAACUGUAGAAAAACAAAGUCAGAAUCUCAUCACCUGCCAUUCUGAGACCACGCUUGCUCAAGUGAUCACUGAGGCGGCUUUGGCUCAUGUUCAUCGGGUUUGGGUUGUAGACGAGCAAGGGCUCCUGAGAGGCUUUGUUUCUCUAACUGAUAUUCUUGGAGCCAUAAGAAACAAGGCGCUGGCAUCAGAAAAUGAGCUACAAGAUGUGCCUGCUACCGAACCUGCUAUUUGAAUCUUCUCUGGGCUUGAAGAGAGGAAGAUGAAUCAAGUAAGCUGUUUAUUUCUGGAAUGAAUAAGAGCUCUCUGUUUUUCAGAAAGAAAGCUCAUCUGACACUGCUGCUGCUAGGUGAUAAUCCAUUUGGUUUUACUGCAUAUUUUCUUUCAUUAUAUGUAGGGUUAUAAUCAAGAUGACCCGUGCAGAGUACAGAGCAUCACGAACGAAUGCUCAUACUAUAUAACUUGUUCAUGCAAAAGCUUUAGCCGAUCUUUCAUAUGUAUAUAUAUUUCGCUUUGUUUAACUUUUUUUAAUAAUGGACCGUGACUUUGGCUUGACUAA